UGCGCACGCGCGGCCAUCAGCUUGGUCCCAGGUGGAGCUGUUUUAGCCGAGCUGGCGCCGCCGUGAGCCUCCGAGAUGAGCGCGGCAGAGGCUGACUGCUGGGCUUGGCUGCUGGUGCUCAGCUUCGUGUUUGGGUGCAAUGUACUCAGGAUCCUCCUCCCGUCUUUCUCCUCCUUCACGUCCAGGGUGCUGCAGAAGGACGUGGAGCAGGAGUCUCAGAUGCGAGCAGAGAUCCAGGGUAUGAAGCAGGAGCUCUCCACCGUCAACGUGAUGGACGAGUUUGCCAGAUACGCCAGGCUGGAGAGAAAGAUCAACAAGAUGACUGAUAAGCUCAAAACUCACGUGAAAGCACGGACAGCUCAGUUGCCUAAGAUAAAAUGGGUUAUAAGUGUUGCUUUCUACAUAUUGCAAGCUGCCCUGAUGGUCACACUCAUUUGGACAUACUACUCUGUCCCUGUGACCGUGGUGCCGAGUAGAUGGAUAACUCCACUAGAACGCCUGGUAGCAUUUCCCACUGGAGUAGCAGGGCUUGCAGCAAAGGAACUGACGCCUAGAGAACUUACGUGUCCAGUGUCACCGAAAUGUGAAGUAGCAGGGCUACAGUUCAACCCAAGCCUGCCUCAGUAAUCCAAGCCCAAUACCUGGGGUCUGAUACCCCAUUUAUUGAAACACCACCUCUGGUUCCCAAAUUCUGUGACUCCUUUUCAAUUCACACUAUGCUUAGCCCCUCUGCAGCAUUUCCUGCUAUCGGCCAUUCUUUCACUUCUGAAAGAAUUUCUUUUGGGUUUUAAAAUUAGUACAUGUCAUCGUAGAAUAAUUAGAAAUAUAAGAAAAAACUUUUAAAAAGACUCAGUAGCUAUGGAUAACCCCUCUUAACAUUGUGGUAUAUUUUUUCCAGUCUUUUUUUCUAUUUAUUUUUGUAUGGUUAAGGUUAUCUGGCACAUACAAUUUUUUACCCCUCUUAUUAUGUAAGCAUUUUCCCAUAUCAAUAAAUUUCUUCAGAUAGGAGACUGACGUGCUGCUGGCUGUGCUGAGAGGGCAGCUUAAUAAGUUUCUUUAUUAAGGAAAAUAUAUAUAUAUAUUUGUAUUUGUUUAAGGUCAGGAAGUACUUGGUUAACUCUAUCACUAUUGCUUAUUCUGAGGUAUCUCCAUAUUUUAAAAUAUCAGUAUAAGAACAUUUUUCUAUAUUGACCUUUAAUUAGAUUUCCACCAUGAAUUGACUUUAAAUACUUUAGAUUGAUGAACAAAAAAGUUCUGUUAAGAAGUCUCUUCUGUAUCAGUGCUAAAAUCCAAGUACCAUGAGCUCCAAGACCAGUGGCAGUGCUGGCACUCUAUUUGGUUCUGUCAAAGUCCCUUACAUCCUUUAGGACCAAGCCCAUUCACCCAUAUUUGUUCAACUUAUAGCUGC